UGAUGAGUAAGAAUAAGAGUAAGAGCAGGAGCACUGGUCUUGGCAAAAGCCGUUAUAAGUCUUCACCUAGAAAGACAUUAGAAGUAGCUGCUGUUGAAAUAGAAGGUUGUACUACGUCAUCUAGAAGAAAGAAAUCAGAGAAGCAAAAUGCAGAAGGAGACAUAGAGGAAAGGAAGAUUGGCAUUGAUUCAAACAAUGACAUGCAUGUCGAGCAUAAAGAAUCUGUUUAUCCAAUUUUGAGUCUAUCAUCGAAUUCUGAGUCGUGCCUUGAUCAUAGCCCCAAAAAAGAAAUUCGUAACAAUCAGGUGGAAGCUUCUCAGCAACAAAUACCUCAAUUGAUUAGUGAAGAAGCUAAGGAUAAAAUUAUCCUUGGCAAUGAUGGAAAGUCUCCAUCCAGAAAGGGUUCAAAAGGAAAGUCUUCUCAGAAACCAAUUCAUGUAGAAGAAGAUCAUUCACCAGUGAAAGGGAAGAAAACAAAGGGCAGUGCAAAGGAGAGAGGUAUGGAAUGGGUAGUGGUGGAGAUCUGGAGGCUGAGGAGGAAGAAACUUGUGAAAAGCUCAUUGAGACAAAUGUCUCCUCUUCAAGGCUGCCUUUGGUGCUUUCUGAGAAAGUUCAACGCACAAAGGUAGGAUAGCAACUAUAUGUUAUGGAUUUUUCUUUGCUGCUCUUGUUGAGUGCCAAGGUGACUCCAUAGAUCUCAGUGGUGAUGUGGGAGCUGUAGGCCGGGUUAUAAUUUCAGAUUCUGCAUCCAGAGAUCAGGAAAUGCACUUAGACUUGAAAG